AUGCGGCACGCGCUGCUUGUGGCCGUCCUCAUAGUGACCACCCACGCAUCCGUCUUUUCCGGUAAGUUCAUCUACCAUAUAGAAGGCGGUGGAUCUGUGGGUGAUCUUGUUUAUCAAGGAGAGUAUGAUUAUCCGAAAUCGAAUGUGUAUUUCGACGGUGCGGAUAUAGAAGACAAAAUCCAGGAGUGGUAUCCCAAAGAGGAAAUACCGCGAAGUGCUAGAGAAUCACGAGAAUAUAAUGAGAACCUAGAAGAAAUCCUCAAGGAGCUGGCUAAACAGAACCAGGCCGUUAAUGAAGAUGACUUGGCGAACCCCGGUGAAGUUGAAAUCGAACUACAAAAAACGAAAGAACUACCGAAAGAAAAUGCAAGUAAAAUGUCCGGUACAGAGCAAACAGUGUCGCAACCUGAUGUUAGCGAACAGCAACCAUUGGUAGCGCAGAAGAAAGGACAGAAUGAGUUCGUGUCCUUCGUCGAGCCUGUCGACUCAAAGCAGACGAAAUCUGUUGCAACUUUGGAGAAACGUCGUCUUGCCGGUACUUCGGACUUUACGAACGCAUUACCCACGUAUAGCAGCAAUUUGCUAAUGAUUGCUGUAGGUACUGUGCUCAUCGUAGGAAUGGUUGCGUCAGUACUCGGUGGAGGCUACUACAUCAAGUUCGUUCUUUGCACUAUUGCCCUAUUCAGAAUGCGGUUUUUCCCAGCUUACGCUGAGACAAUGAGCCCUGACGUGUAG